AUGAGUCAAUUACGGUUGGAUUUAUUUUUUGCGGUGGUUGUGCUGGUUUUGUGCUGCAGUCAAGCAAAAUGUGAUUUGACCAUAACCGAUUACAAUGCGACGACGCAGUACACAACCACUUUACCAACAACCACAGAAGAAGUCACCAGGCCACCUGUGGUUACUUUUCCUGAAAUCACAAUAACAGAAAUGCCUCGUCACAGGCUAAGACUGAACCAAUAUCAUGAACACCAUUAUGGACCAUUUUUUGAAGAACCAGAAGUCGCAAAUUCUGGACAAGCCGUCAACGUGUCCUUUUACAAGGAUUCGAAUGGGGAAUUAAAUUGCAGAGUCGGAAUGCUGAGAGAUAAAACGGUUACGUGGUUAAGAAGAAUGCACGACAAAGUCGCCCUGCUCACCGUUGGCGAGACAACUUACACCGGCGAUCUUCGACUUUCGGUGAAAUUUCAAUAUCCCAACAACUGGAAAUUGAUCAUCAAAGGAAUCAAGUUGGAAGAUGCAGGAUUGUACAUGUGCCAGGUUUCAACAUAUCCUCCCAGAGUUCUGAUCACCAACGUCACUGUUUUACCUCCAGCUCUUGUGAUAGUCGACGAGCUGGGAAGAAAAACGCCCGAUAUUUACUACCGGACGAAUAGUGCCAUAGAACUGACGUGCCAAGUUGCCACACUACUAAAUCUGAUGACCAAAGCCAAAACCGAAAAUACACAAUUGGUGUGGUUCAAGGAUGGGGAACAGAUUUCGACCAACCAGACUAAACUCAUAAACUCUCCACAUUGGUUCGGUUUGCGACUAAAUUUGCGAAGAUCCAAACCAGAAGAUUCAGGGACGUACUCGUGUCAGUUGACAAAUAUUUCAACGGUUUCCAUACGAGUUCAUGUACUAGAUGAGGAAACGCAAGCCGCAGUCCAACAUAAAACUCACUUCGGGGCAGCGAAUGUGUUAAAAUCGGAAUUCGGCCUUUUUUAUGCUUCGAAAGGAACAGGACACUGGGUUGGGAGGUAAUAGAAAUAAUAACGGAUAUUGAAAAAAACAAAACCAGAAAUUAUAUGGUGAAAAAUUCUCUGGAUAAGGUG